UGUUUGUCUGCAAGCUGACUGAUUUCACCCAAACUAUACCACGGCCUGCAGCCUGCUCCUGCACCUGAGGACUAAAGACAAGAAAAGGCAGCAUGGAUGUAAGUACCUCAUCAAAUUCUCAGAUCUCUACACUGCAUUCUGAUGCUCUCUGUGGCAGCUGCCCGCCCUCUGGCUCUGCCCCACAGGCUAAUAGCCUUUGGCCCACUCUGCCGCCGCCUGGAGCUGGGUUCCCUGCGUGGCCAGGACAGCCCACCCAGCCUGCACCGUGCUGGACUGGACAGCCAAACACGCCCUGCUGGCCUGGGACACAGCCAGCUCCCGUCUCUGUCCCUGCACCAAUUUCAGUCCCAGCUCCGGUGCAAGCCACAACACCAGCUCCUGCACCAACCACAACCAUAGUCCCAGCUCCAGGACAGCCCUGCCAGCCUUGCUGGCCAGGCACCCAGUACCAGCCUCAACAGCCACCAACUCCAAUUCAAGCUCAGGUCCCUGCUCAAGUCCCGACUCCAACUCCAGUCCCAGUCGUAGCACCUGCUCCUGCUCCUGCUACCAGCAUCCAUCCAAAUGUAGCAGGGUGGCCUGCCCACCCUGGCUGGCCUUAUAACCCAGGACAGUCAGGAUGGCCUGGACAGAAUCCAUCUUUGAUGCCUUCACACUGGCUUCCACCAACAUCUGGACCUCUAAGUGUGCCAUACAACUUGAACCUGGCCCGUGGGGUGUAUGACAAGAUGAUGAUGACCAUCUUGGGCCAUGUGAAACCUAAUGCUAAAAUGUUCACAGUGAACUUUCUGAGAGGCAAUGACAUUGCCUUUCAUAUCAACCCUCGCUUCAGUGAGGGGGGCAAACAGGUGGUGGUCCGUAACCACAAAGUGGGUGAGCGCUGGGGCCCGGAAGAGAGGGACCUGAAGGGACCCUUCCCCUUUGCUCUUGGGAGCCCAUUUGAGAUGAAGAUCCUGUGCACUCAUGAGUCCUUCAGGGUGGCAGUGAACAACAUCCCUCUGUUUGAGUUCCGACACCGCGUCAGAGAGCUCAACCAGAUUGACAGAAUCAACAUCCUGCAUGAUGUCGUCCUCACCUACGUCAAUGUGGAGACACUCCCAUAGCUGCAUAACUCACUGUUAUUCAUACAGUACAUAUACCAACACAUCAAGGACAGAUAUGUAUGUAUCAGUGUGUUGUAAAUGCAGCAGAGAUGAAUAAAAAGAAAUACAUAUAGAAAUUAGUCCACACACAUACAUACACACAGCCCAUUAAUACAUUAUAUUGUAGAGGCACUGCACUUCCCUAUAUCAUGGUGCUUAAAGACUGAAUAAGUGUGUUAGUAUGUAAUGUAAUAUUAAUAAGCACAUGAGCUGAGCUCAUUAUGUUAUGUGCCACAAUAAGCUGCAUAGCUAACCAUUUAAUAUAUAUGAAGCAUUUCCCUACACAGAUGCUACUGCUAUUUAUUGUGUACAAUCUUUCCUACAUUAUUAAAUUGCAACUAAUAUAGAACUGCCUGAAAACAAUGAGGGUCUGUUAUGGCUCAGGUCUCUGGGGUUCUGUUAACUGUAAUGAUUCUUAGAUAUAAUUGUCAGUCAUAAAAUAAAUAAUCAAAACCAA